CAGCCCGUGAAGGCAGCAGUAGUCUCAUUGUGGCCCUGCAGAGCGAACGGUAACUAACUAACGCCAUCACACGCAGCGGGGCGGCUACAGCGAGCAGCAGCACGGAGACACCAGGGACACAGCAGCAGCAGCUCAGUCUGUCUCCUGUCAAACCACUUCAUCACUACGAGCUAUGGACUAUUAGAGCUGCGGAUUAUUACACGCUGUUGACCUGGGCCUCUGUUUUGGCGGCGCACAAAGCAAUGUGGAGGAAAUAAAAAUCCUGAUACGCUGAAAACCAGAGCUGCUGCUAAGAAGGGGAAGCCCACACUCCUCAUUCAUUAUUCUCCUCUUCUAGCUGCAGUCAGAUGAGAUUAUAGAUAAUGGGCUGUGUGCAAUGCAAGGAUAAGGAAGCAACCAAACUCACAGACGACCGAGACACCAGCACUUCCCAGGGAGCCGGCUACCGCUAUGGGGCCGACCCCACGCCGCAGCACUACCCCAGCUUCGGGGUCACCGCCAUCCCCAACUACAACAACUUCCACGCCCCCGUCGGACAGGGGAUGACGGUCUUCGGGGGGGUCAGCACUUCCUCUCACACUGGAACGCUGAGGACUCGUGGUGGGACAGGAGUCACCCUCUUUGUGGCACUUUAUGACUACGAGGCGCGGACAGAAGACGACCUCAGCUUCAGGAAAGGAGAAAGGUUCCAGAUUAUCAACAGCACUGAAGGGGACUGGUGGGAUGCUCGUUCGCUCACCACCGGUGGCAGUGGCUACAUUCCCAGUAAUUACGUGGCUCCAGUGGACUCCAUCCAGGCUGAGGACUGGUACUUUGGUAAACUGGGACGUAAGGAUGCAGAGAGGCAGCUGCUGUCCACUGGCAACCCUCGAGGAACCUAUCUCAUCCGGGAGAGUGAAACCACAAAGGGUGCCUUCUCCUUGUCCAUACGGGACUGGGACGAUGUGAAAGGAGACCAUGUCAAGCAUUAUAAGAUACGCAAGCUGGACAGUGGCGGCUACUACAUCACCACCAGGGCUCAGUUCGACACACUGCAGCAGCUGGUUCAGCACUACUCAGACCGAGCCGCCGGGCUCUGCUGUCGCUUGGUGGUUCCCUGCCACAAAGGGAUGCCACGCCUCGCCGACCUGUCCGUUAAAACCAAAGACGUGUGGGAGAUCCCGCGGGAGUCGCUGCAGCUCAUCAAGCGUCUUGGGAACGGGCAGUUUGGGGAGGUCUGGAUGGAGAGUGCGGAUGGUUUGUGCUUUAAUUUAACGGGCGUGUGUGUGAACUACAUCCCUGACACUGUGGGCUUGAGUCAUGACUCCUGGGAGAUCAGCAGAGACACACUUGAGUUGGAAGUAAAGCUGGGGACGGGAUGUUUUGCUGAUGUGUUUUACGGAACGUGGAACGGCACCACUAAGGUGGCAGUGAAGACUCUGAAGCCUGGCACCAUGUCCCCCGAGUCCUUCCUGGAGGAGGCUCAGAUCAUGAAGAAGCUCCGCCAUGACAAGCUGGUGCAGCUCUACGCCGUGGUGUCUGAGGAACCCAUUUACAUCGUCACAGAGUACAUGGGCAAAGGAAGCCUGUUGGACUUCUUGAAGGACGGAGAUGGACGAGUGUUGAAGCUGCCUAACCUGGUGGACAUAGCGGCGCAGGUGGCAGCGGGCAUGGCCUACAUCGAGAGGAUGAACUACAUCCACAGAGACCUGCGCUCUGCCAACAUCCUGGUGGCGGACAACCAUGUGUGCAAGAUCGCCGACUUCGGCCUGGCCAGGCUCAUCGAGGACAACGAGUACACCGCACGGCAAGGUGCAAAGUUCCCCAUCAAGUGGACCGCCCCUGAAGCUGCGCUCUACGGGAAGUUCACCAUCAAGUCGGACGUGUGGUCGUUCGGCAUCCUGCUGACGGAGCUGGUCACCAAGGGUCGGGUGCCUUACCCAGGCAUGAACAACCGCGAGGUGUUGGAGCAGGUGGAGCGAGGCUACAGGAUGCCGUGCCCCCAGGACUGCCCCAUCUCGCUGCACGAGCUGAUGCUGCAGUGCUGGAAGAAGGACGCCGAGGAGCGGCCCACCUUCGAGUACCUGCAGGCCUUCUUGGAGGACUACUUCACAGCCACCGAGCCUCAGUACCAGCCCGGGGACAACCUCUAGACCCACCCCUCCACCUCCCGCUCUGGGAUGUCUCGGGGCUGGGGCAGGACUGGCCCAAUCAGUACUGUUACUGAACACUGGAGCCUUCCCAGCCGGGCCUUUUAUUCUAGGGAUCUGUACAGCUUCCUCGGCUCAACCCGAGCAUUUCAGUUCCACCGCCAACCCCCUAAAACCGUCUCCGACACGCCCUCUAGCAUCUGAACUCUGCAAACGGGAUAAGUCGAGGAGGUGGUUCUGGAGGAUGGACGAAGUUAAAACUGGGGUUGUGAUAAUGCAAUGUAUUCAAUGUAAAUAAGAAAGGCUUGUUUUAGUUUAUUUGUUUUUUGCUUUUAAGAUUUUUAUUUUCUCCUGCACAAAAAUAAUAAUGAUAAAAAAAUGAUGAAGGCAAAGGAAGAGAACCCGAGCAGGCACAGUUAAUCUGUACGUGUAUUAUACUGUAGCUCCUGUAUUAUUUUCUAGAGAUUGAAUUGGAAGCCGCCAUAUAUUUUUUUCUAAUUUUCCAUAAUGUGUAAAAAAAACAAAAACAGAAUCCAGCCCCAGAUUAUUGCUUUAUUCUUGACUUUUCAGUUCUGCAGAGGCUUCUUCAGACGAGCAUGACGCAGUCCUCCAUCAGACUUUUUUUCUUUUUAUGCACCCCCUUCCCCCCUGGAACACGGUUCUUUUACAAACGGUAUAUGUCACACUUUUGUAAAUUACAGCCGAGCGUGUAAGGAUUUUGAACAUAUCCCUCCUCGCUUAUAAUUUUCAGAAAAUGUGGGUGGAAAAUAUUUCUGUCUUUCUACCGCGAGUGUUGUUUUUGUUCAGCCGGAAGAGAGAAAGGUGGAGUUAAUUUAAGAAGAGAGUAUUAUGUCUUAUUUGAGCUGAUUCAUUCCGAAGUUGGACGGUGGCGUUUUCCUCGUCUCCCGCGCGUCCUCCACGUGAGCCUGCAGAGCGCCGACCUGCAGCUGAACCUGGAACCAGCUCACCUCCUGAGUUAUUUCUUCUUCUAUGUUUUACUGACGAGGUUGUAUUCUAUCAGUAUUUGAGUCUUUGGUUUUUACAGGGUAUGUUUUUAUUUAACCCUUUUUAAGUGAUCCUUUAAGAGUCAGUCGUACUGUAUGUUCAGAGGAGGGCUCGGGGGGUCAAUUCAUGUCGCAAUUCAGAACAGAAACUGAACAUUUGAAGGUUUGAAUUCACAGAGAAAAGCCACUGAGUUGAGACUGAGUUGAACCCGGCCCUGAUCUAUGGUCUUAAUGCAGAUGGUUUCGUGGCCAAUGGGAAACCCCCUCAUUUUUUUUUCAGUCGUACAGCUAAAUGGUUUUACGUGUCGCUAACUUCCCUUCUUUAUAUCUUUUCAUUUCCCAUUUUUUUAACAUAACUUGUUUUUGUUAAUUCAGUGAUUUGGCGUUUGAAAUUCAGAAAAGAACAAUAAACAUUUUACACUCUU